AUGGGAGAUCAAGGCGAGGCCCCAUCGAGUAAUGAUACCGGUGAUGAGGCCACGGUGACGACGAACGACGCCACGAGCGAUCCGACGACGACGGAGGGGAAGGCGGUGAAGACGCGCAAGCCGUACACCAUUACGAAGAAGCGCGAGCGAUGGUCCGACGAGGAGCACGCGUUGUUCGUAGAGUCGUUAAAAAAGUACGGACGCGCUUGGAAAAGGAUUGAGGAGUACAUUGGGACGAAGAGUGCGGUGCAAAUUCGGUCGCACGCGCAGAAAUUUUUCGCCAAGCUACAAAAGGAGCAGAUCGUCGCGAGCGGAAGCGAGGGCUCUGGGAGCACGCGAAAGCGUGGAGCGGAUCGAUCGACGUCGCAGAGCAAGAGAAGCAAGUCUAGCUAUGCGACGGAUAUCAAUCUUGAGAUUCCGCCGGCGCGGCCUAAGAAGAAGCCGGCGCAUCCGUACCCGAGGAAGGCGACGUCUCAGCAGCCGAGCGGCGGAAGCGGAGAGCGAGACAACUCUGGUGGGACUGGUAAGAGCUCCGGUACGGCGCAAAAGUGGCCUACCGAGGCGAGUCAGGAGUUUAUCGCUAGUACGUCGUCGAGCGCCGCGAUAGCAGCCGUGCUUUCGGUCGCUUGCGAUAAGAUGCAGAACAAUUUGCAUCAAGAGUUGCGGCAAGGAUAUUUUGGAAUACCGACCGGCAUGCAACCGCAGCAGGGAAUGUUUGCCCAGCCUGGGAUGUUUCCGAUGAACGCGAUGAUGAGUCCGUUCGUGGCGAUGAACACCGUCUCCGGCGCGCCGACACCGCCGCCGAUGACCAAUCCACAGCAAUUUCUUAACUACGCCAACUUCUUCAGCAACUAUUGGCCUCAGUUCGCCAACGCCGCUAACGCCAACGCUGUGAAUGUGAUGUUCCAACAACAACAGCAACAGCAACAGCAACAGCAACAACAACAACAUAAACAGCGGGCGGGUGGUGAAACCAAAUAA